GUCGCACCCAACUGCUCGACGUCAGACUCUCUCCCCAUGAACUCAUUAGCAGACACUGAUGUAGUGUAUUGCACCCAACUACUUGACUUCUUCGGGAAAUCAAACACCCCUCCAGAGCAAAUGCGCUCACUGGCUGAGACAAUCAAUGUCAAACAUACAGAUCAAUGGAUCCAAGUCUUCACUGAUGGGUCAUACAUGGAAAGGCUCACUGUCUUCACUGAUGGGUCAUACAUAGAAAACCAAACAAACGUUGGUGUUGCUGUCUAUACCGCGGGAUCUGCUAUUGAAGGAGAUAUAGAGGCCGUUAGGAUAGCACUAUGCCAAUUAUGUUGCCUGGAUACGAAAUUCACCAAAGCGGUGAUACUUUCGGACUCAGUCAAUAAAGGAAUGUGGAAAACUCUAUUAGCUGCUGAGAUAGGAAAACUAAACAGUGGAAAACGCUAUGAGCUGCUGGGAGAGAAAAACAAAACAGUGGUUCAACAAUGGAUUCCUGGUCACUGUGGCAUUAAAGGCAAUGAGCUUGCUGACACACUUACUAAACCCGCGAAGAUAUUAAAACGCAAUCAGAUUACUAAAUGA